AUCUGAAGAAAUUCGCCGCUCUGCGACUGAACAGAGACGAAAGAGAGAGCUCAGAGAAAGUACCCCGAGGUACAUUGAUUUUUGGAGUCGGACUAAAAGCUUUAAUUAAUUGGUAGAACCCUGUUAUCUACCGUAACUGGUCCUAAUAUAUGUGAGCUUUAGUGUAGUGACGCGCUUUUUUAUGUGCGUCGUGCAGCUUUAUGAUUGUUAAUAAGUUUCCUAGCCUGCUAACCCGACUCACUAGCUUAAAAAUAAACAAACACGUAUAUUUUUGAAAAAUUUCGCUCUCACGAAAAAACCCAAAGGAGAAAUAAGCCAAUAUUGAAAUUAAAAAACAGAUAAGAUACAAAUAGAGCCGUUUGUCCAUAAGAACUGAAGUAAAUCCUCGGCGUCGGCUUGUUGAGUUUAGCCGGUUUGCUAAUGAAAUGCUUCUCUGUCAAUUAGCUAUUAAAUCUGGAUUGACAGGCGAUACCCGAAUCUCCUGUCAAGAUUGUCGACCGAGACACUUUAUUUUUUAAGCAGGAAGCUUCAUCUGCGUCCUGCCUAAAAUCUGGACUGACUGCAGCAUCUCUUGUAGUUUGGUAUAGGACAGGUAGCCAGAAGCUAACUGAGGUAUCCAGGCGGGGAGAGAGGAGGUGUUCUGACACCGUUUCAAAUAUCAGGUGCCCAAAGUGUCUGAUAUUGGGGCUUCACAUCAGUUUGACCACCCACCCUAGUCAUGGAGAAGGACGAAAAUGGUGAAAACAUGGUGGACACAGUGAAGGACUCAGUAGUGACCUCCGCCUAUAGGUAUACCAAGGAAGAGCUUAUGGAAAUCAAAGAAUUGCCAGUUUCCAAUGAGAGGCCCGAGUGUCUUUCAGAGAAAUACGACAGUGAUGGGGUCUGGGACCCUGAAAAAUGGCAUGCCUCGCUAUAUCCCUCUUCAGAAAACAGCUGUCCAGCAGAAGGAUACAAGAAAGAUUAUGCAGAGGAUAGAGUUCCACUAAAACGCAGAAUUGCAGAUCCUCGGGAACGUGUAAAAGAUGAUGAUCUGGAGGUGGUUCUUAGUCCGCAGCGUCGUAGUUUUGGCGGUGGUUGUCAAGUGGCACCCACUGCCCUCCCUCGCCGCCCCAUCAGCCCUCUGGAGAACAAAGAGAAUGAGUCACUCCGUUUGGGGGGAGCACGUCGCAUAGGGAGUGGCCGCAUCAUGUCCUCACGUGUAUUUGAGAGGGACGCACGAGUUGACAAGGAGAGGGAGCGAGACAGAGAGCGUGACUUUAAGGACAAGAGAUUUAGGAGAGACUUUGGAGACAAAAGAGUGUUCAGUGAGAGAAGAAGAAAUGACUCCUAUGCAGAAGAAGAGCCAGAGUGGUUCUCGGGUGGACCCACUAGUCAGUCUGAGACCAUUGAGCUUAUUGGCUUUGAUGACAAGAUCUUGGAGGAUGAUAAACGGAGGACCAAACGUUCCAGGAAGAAGCCAGAGUCUUUUAAAGAAGUUGAAUGUAAUGGCGGUCUCUCUGAGGACCCUGAAGUAGUUCAAGAGUCAGGAGCUGAUCAAGAGGUUCCACAUGCCGAGGUUCUUCCUGAGCAAACCCCUGGAGAAUUUGACUUCAAUGAGUUCUUCAAUCUUGAAAAGACCAUGCCUGGCCUGGCUUCGAUGAUUGAAGAUGUUCUUGCGGAGGGUCCGGUCAUGGCCAGUCGUUUCAGCCGCUGGUUCUCCAGUAACAGAAGUCCUUCCGGCAGCCGCUCCAGCAGUCUACGUUCCACACCGCACGAGGAGUUGGAGAGACUAGCAUUGGAACGCAAGGAGAAGGUGGACAUAUUGGAGCUGCUGCAUAAAGCCAAUAUUGACCUAAAACCUUUACUGUCCAGCCUGAAUGUCAACAAGGCUCACCUAAAGGAGAGCACGAACUCGGGGGUGGUGUUGUCUCUGGAAGAGGUGGAGGGGAGUCUGAAGGCAUUGAAGGUGCAGCCUGAACCGGCUCCAUUACCACAAAGACAGUCCAGCGGAGGUGGGGGAACUCCCUUCAUGGCGGAGCACCUGGAAGAGGCUCUCACGGGAGGAACUGGGGCUGCGUCACGACCACGUGACCCUGACAUGUCUGCAUUUAAUAAGUUAGUGAGCACCAUGAAGGCAAGUGGAACCCUGCCCACUCACCCCAAAGCCAGCGGGAGCAAUUCAGUGGAUCCUGCUCUUGUGUCCUUAUCAGAGGCACAGGUACCAGCCUCUCAGCAGAAAAACAUUUUUCAGGAGUUGUUGGUUGGUCCUCAUGGCCCUGUUCCUGCUCCUAUACACCAUCGUGCUUCUCCUCCACUCUUCCCACAGAGACCCCCUCUACCGGACUUUUUCCCAGGCAUGCCACCAGCGCCAGGGUUUCCUGCUGGUCCACAAACUAUGCUGGAUCAAAUUCCAGACUUGCAUAGGGCCAGGAAUACGCAACAGAUGAGAGCUUUGCCAAUGGGAGUGGACCAGGCCAAUCUGGAAGCUUUGUUUCAGCAGGAUCUGGCAGUUUUUAAUCGCUCUCAGUACCAACAAGCCUACAACAAACAGGCUCACGAUAAGGUGUUUCGAAACAGACAAACCAGGAUGAACCGUUCACCUGGGCCUCACCUUCCUGGCCGUACCUCACCUGGCAAUACAGUUACAAGUGUGUUGUCUCCAUCCUUCACUCCCACCUCUGUGAUCAAAAAAAUGUAUGAGUCAAAAGAGAAAAGUCGAGAUGAUCCUGGGAGUAGGCCAGGAAGCAAGGAGGAGACUGUGAACUCUCAUAACUCACAGGAGGAUGGGCCUCCAUCACCUAGUUCCUUUCUGGAAGAUGUGGACACCAGUGGUCCUCAGACUGGUGGGGUAAAGGCAUGCUCCACCCCCGUUCCUGCUCAGAAUCGUCAUAGUAAAGACUCAGAUCGGCCCAGGCCUCCUUCAACAACUGGCCACCACACUCCCACCAUGUUAUCCCCAGGGCCCUCUUCACCCUUUCCAAGACCCCAGAUGUAUCCAGUUCCUCUGCUUCCCCAUGUCCCCUUGGUCAGACCUCCACCCCAGCUUCACCCCAGUGUGAUGCAGAGGAUGCUGGCUCAGGGUAUCCAGCAUCAACAGCUUGGACCCACAUUACUACAAACAGGCAUGUUCCCUCAGGCUGUAGACCUGUCUCAGCUUCAGGGGCUGCCCCCAGCCCUCUUAGGGCAGCCUCUGUAUCCCCUUGGUCCUGCAGGACAUCCGCUUAUGGCCCCUAGAGCCGCAGGAACACACGUACAGUUAGCAGUCAUGCAGCAACAGCUUCAACAACAGCAGAGACCCAAUCUGCAUGUGGCUCCAUCAGGAGGCCUCCAGUCACAGAGCCACGGUCCCCAUCGGACAAACCAUUCCCAGCGAAGAGGUGGUAGCCCUCCUCUGGGCCUGGCCAAGUGGUUUGGUUCUGACGUGCUGCAACAGCCCCUCCCUUCCAUGCCUUCUACUAAAGUAAUCAGUGUUGAUGAGCUAGAGUUCCGCCAGUGAUGACAUCCUGUGACCAGUCAGCAGGAGCGACGCAAGACAUCCCUUCCCCACUACCCUCUAGUUGGAGAGAUGUGAACUUUUUUUAUUUCUACCAUUAUGUACAUAUGUCAGAGCCUUGUCUAUUUUUCUGUGCUCUGUCUGAAACCCUUGCAGUUGCUUUUUUUUUUUUUUUUUUUUUUUUUUUUUUUU